AUGUUCGCUGGGGAAAGACCUCAUGCCCGAAUGGUGCUCAGAUUGUCUAUAAAGGCACAAAAAGGGGAUGACUUUGUCCUUCAUUUAAUUCAUGUAUGCAACAAAAGCAAAAUCAAAGUAACAAGGAAACAUAAACAAAUUGAUGACAAUAUCUCGUCAUUUUCUUUACUCUAACAACGGGACGGAUUUAGCAUGUUCAAGGAUUUUAUGAAUCCCUCAUACCUCUAAUUAUAAUUCAAGUUUUAAUUUUGAAGCUUAUAUAAUAUUUUGGUAGCCUUUUAGUACCAAAGGUACAUUGCCCAGCAGAGCUAUUAAGUUCUACCACAAGUUAAUGCGUUUUUCAGAACAUUAACACGAAGAUGGUUCGCAACACUGUUACUUACAAGUUUGAACGUAUUAUUCUUCAUGAUUGGAAUUUCUAAAUUCACAUGUUAUUCACUUAACGUCAUAAUGGAUGUUUUCAGUGUUUUUAGGUGAAUUGAGUUAACUUAUCCCUAACUUUUCUACUUAUUAGGUAUCAUGUGGAGAGUAUUUCAAUCACAUUGGAGGUGGAGUGAAUUACCUUUGCCUUCCAAAGACUCCAAAGUACGACAAGUACAAAGAUGGUCACCAGGGUGGCGGAUACGUAUAUGGCGCUGAGUACAAACUCUCGUUUAACCCAUUCAAGAAAAGUCUUAACCAACACGAUCCACCUUGCGUUGUCUGCUUUGUCAAAUCACGUGGCUCGAUACUGAUGAUGCCUGCAAGGAACGAUUGCCCCACUGGAUGGACCGAAGAAUAUCAUGGGUACCUGAUGAGUGCAUAUUAUUCCCACAAGAAGCAAAGUGAUUUCAUCUGCGUUGACAAAGACGCUGAGUCUAUCUCUGGCACCCAGGCGAACAAGAAUGGCGCAUUACUCUACCUUGUGGAAGGACAGUGUGGCAGCUUACCGUGUGGUCCAUAUGUCAAUGGUCGAGAGUUGACUUGUGCUGUGUGCACCAAGUGA